AUGCGCCAAGCCCCAAGCUCAGAGGCUGCGGCUGCACGACACGCUGCGACGUGGGAUAAUUUCAGCUCGCACGCCCAUCCUCGGCGGCGAACGGCGCCGGCAGUUCAGGACCCUGUGCAGACGGUGGGCGUGAGCUGGCCACUGCACGAUAAUCUGGUGACCGCACUGAAAAAGGCGCGCGUGAUGCCGUCAGCACCUCGCACGAUGGUGCAGGGCGCGUUUGCCGUGCUGCAAAGAAACAACAACGCCCUGCCCGCUGCCUCACAGCAGCAGCAGCCAUACCACCCCGCCGCCUCCGCCCAGCACUCCCCGUCGUUGCACGCCGCGACGCACCCUCAGACACACCCGGCGCCGCCUGCAAAUGGUCUAGCGAUGCAGCAUUCGUACGAUGACGCCCGCCGUCGCUCGCUCGGUACCGCGGGCAGCCCGCAAUAUGGACGAGGUGAGUUUUGGACACCAUACAUGUUUGCGCGCGAACCUCACAAUCGCGCGUCAGGACCACUAGAGCCUCCGCCGCAGCCUCCUUCCUACCCCACCCGAAACAUGCCCCCACCGUCGUCACCGCAAACAGCACCAACCUCGUCGUCGCAACUUGGCUCUGCGCCGCGGGGCCCUCCCACAGCUUCACCCUUCGCCGGUGUUCGCGAUCUUGCCAGUAGCCAUCGCCCUGGUAUGUCCAUAUCGGCCAUACUCGGCGGCGGCGAGGAGCGCAAACCGAAUGGAUCGCCGCAUAGCACCGUCGCUGCGCCCACCUAUACACCAAAGUCGAUGCAGCCCCCAUCACCAGGAAGAGCACGCUCAGCUAGUAUGCGAGAAAGUGGCGAUAGAGGGAUGAGGAACUCGAGUCCUCCAAGAAUUGGAAUAUUUGGUGAGCCGCCACGGACAGCGUCGGAGCCGCGCAGGGAUAAUGUAUUUGGCUCUCCGCAAUUUCGACGCGAACCAGGCCACAGCUUCCGCGCCUUCCAGCCAGGCGUUCAGGAUCAACCCCAUCACAUCAACGGACAUGGAGCGCCAGCACGCCCGACUAGUCAGCCGGUGGAGACCGUCGCUCGUGGACUACCUGAGAUGGAUCAUCGUGAAGCGCCCCACGACGGACGGGCAGGCAUGUUCCGUCCCUUCGGAGAGCCCUUACCACCACGAGCCGAACCAGCGCAUCGAGUCGAUCGACAGCCCUUUCACAAUGGUAUUACAUCACAUCCGCAAGAUCGACCGCCUUUUAGCAGUCCACAGGCCGAACGCGAGAGAUUGUCACAAGGCCCUCCGCGAUUUCCUGGCGGUUUUGGGGGUCUCCUACGGGAUGAGCAAAGUUCACUGUUCAGACCAACUUUCCAGCCAACAUCACACCCAGUGGACAAUGCUCGGGAGUCUAUCGAGGGAAGAGCGCAGGAAAUGCGCCGUCAGCUGUCCCGCCCGUCGCCCGCUCCAGCAGAGGCAGCACCGUACGAGCGGCAUCGCAAUGGAUUUGUGGAACGGCCUCUGACGCUUGAAGAUCACCAGAAAAUGGACCCUUUACAUCGUGGACAAUCACGAAAGGAGAGUGAGGGAUCGGUCCACCGCGCGAUCCUCAACAUUAGUCCCGAGUUGAAUCGGAAAGGCCGAAACUCACCACUCCCUCAAGCCGUGCAGGGUGCUCAACCCAGACAUAUCGGACCUGGAGGCGACAAUCCGGGAAUCAAGAUGGAGUUUGGGCGCAUGUUUAGUGGUCUUGGAUCUGGCGUAGGCAGCGUCACCCCCAAUCCCCAUCACGCGGUGAAUGGAAUGUCGACACCAUCGCGCAUGAGCCCUUCGUCGCGACACAUCGACGGACACGACAUGGCUCGGUCUGCAGUUGCAGAUAUUGACCAGAGGAGAAGCGGGUCCAAGGCUGGGUCUCGAGCUGGAAGGAGAAACGGACGUCGUUCGAGAGAUGAUGGAGAACAUCCAGACGGCGGCGACGGAAGACAUACCCCAGAUCUGCAGCGUAACAAACGCGCAAAGACCAACCAUGCCACACACCACCACCAUCACCACAUGCACCCACAUCAUCAUCACCAUCACCACCAUGAGGCCGCCGAAAGCACGCCUGGAUCGUUCAGCAUGCUUCGCUUCAACUCGAACCCAGGCGCCACUCCCCAACCUCACGUUAUGCUAACUCAAGGACAUCAUCAUCACCACCACGCUCAUCCAGGGCAUCAUCAUCAACAUCCGCCUCGUGCGUCGCAUCCUGCCAAGAAGCCUACAACGACAGUACGAAGCGAGAAGGUGCUUGCCGAAUGCGCGGACAAACCCAGAAAGCAUCUUGGAUCGCAGCUCUACACGACCGAAUUGACGAUGCCUCCGGCUACCAGCGCGCCAGUUGACAGCAGGAUCAAAUUUUCCAGCAAGAUGAAGCCCAUCCCUGUGUUUCAGGAGCAGGAGAACUGCACGUUUACGGUGCGAGUCCCGCGGUACUAUCUCUCCCCAAGUGAGCCCGGAUCAGAUCGAACUCCGAGCCUGGAGGAAAUAUGUAGACACCGGCAGCUUUGGGGCACGGAAAUUUACACCGACGACUCUGAUGUGGUUGCCGCAGCUGUGCACUCGGGUUGGAUCAAGGGAGACUUUGGCGACUACAACGAUGAUCUUCACGAAGUCGGCGAUGACAAUCCGGAGCCUAACGACGACCAGACUGUGACUCUUUCGCUACCGGCGCGGCCAGGUCGGCCGGUGAAAGUCCCGCCGGGUCAUGAUGCACACAUAACCGUGCUCGUCCUACCACCGUUGCAAUCGUACGCGGCAACGAAUCAACAUCACAUUCUAUCUCGGGAUUGGAAAGAGGCUCACGACGGGAUGUCAUAUAUGAUCCACAGCAUUGACUUUGUUGACGAGGGUGCUUCGAGCCGCUUCAUGGAGCGGAGCGCAGCCGCAAGAAAAAACAGAAUCGCAAUCGAGGAAGCGAACAGAAGGCAAGAAGCUGCAGCAGGGCUGCUGAUGUUUGCUAACGGCAAUGGGACCGUCCGCGUGGGAGCGUAG